AUGAGCCUGAAAGCCACAGCAGAAUGUUGGUUCCCACCAGGGCAUCCCGAAGCCAGGAGGGUCGUGGCCCAACCAGUCGGGGACAUCCUGCUGUUUUGCUACCAGUGCCCUUCAACAUAUUGCCAGCCCACCCAGUUCGUUGUGGUCCAGGUGCCUUCGCUGAGGCCUGGCCCCGGGGCGCACCGCGGCUGGCUUGUGACUCCUUGGGAGCUGCUGUUCUGGCGACCCCAGGAGGUUGGGAGGAAGAUCCUACGCUCUGAGUCGUCGCCGUUGUCAUCGUCUUUGUCAUCCUUGCUGUCCUCAGCCUCGGAGGGAGAGAAGAGGAGGCUCAUCCGCAUGGCCAGUCCCACCCUGGCCAACACCCCCACAGCUGCCAAGAGGACCUCCGGCAGCAGCAGAACCGUGGCCCUGCCGCCAUUUUUCAACACCUACAUCUUCACCCCGCAGCAAGCUGCCUACAGCUAUUCUUUAUUUGGAGCGAAGAAGCCCAGCCUCACCAAGGAAUUCAAGGACAAGAUCCCCGCUGCCAUGCGUCAGCACUACUUGGGCCUGUUCACCGAGGAGUACCUUAAGUUCUCCUCUUCGUACCUGGAGGCCAUCGAGAAGGCGCAGUCAGAGGAGAAGGUGGUCUACGACCGAAGUCCCGGCAAGAACAGGUACCUGAACGUCGCCCUGCACACCCUGAAGAAGCUCAGGGGCCUGGUUCCCAGCGCCGUCCCGGGUCUCAGCAAGGCCACGUUGUACAGCCGCCUGCAAGGCUACGUGCUCACGGAGGAGCAGCGCAGAAUGCACGGCUACCCGUUCCCGCAUCCGGAGAAGCCCGGCUUGGCAGUGCUCUCCAUGCGAGAGCAGCCGCGGAGCCCGACGCUCAGGACCUGCUGCCGCUGUGGCACCGAGUACCGCGUGUCAUCCUCUGGCUGCUGCCUCUGCUCCGAGCCCUGCGUGUACCACUGGGGGCGUCUUGUCUCCAUCCCCGUGUCCGGAGGCUGGCAAGCCCGGUACUCGUGCUGCCACGCGCCCAUCGAAGCCACGGGCUGCAAGGUAGCCAAGCAACACGUGCAGGACGGCAGGAAGGACAACUUGCAGGGCUUCGCCAAGACCUUCCCGAAGAAGGACUGGGAGGCACACGCAGGAAUCUACGCCCUGGACUGCGAGAUGUCCUACACUACGCAUGGCCUGGAGCUCACCCGCGUCACAGUGGUGGACACGGAUUUGCACGUGAUUUACGACACCUUCGUCAAGCCCGACAAUGAGAUCGUGGACUACAACACCAUGUUUUCUGGCGUGACCGAGGCGGACUUGGCGAGCACCAACGUUAGGCUGCGUGAUGUCCAGGCCGUGCUCCUUAGCCUGUUCAGCACUGAAACCAUCCUCAUUGGACACAGCCUUGAGAGUGACCUGCUGGCUUUGAAGUUCAUCCAUAGUACGGUGGUGGACACGGCCGUUCUCUUCCCGCAUCACCGAGGCCUCCCCUGCAAGCGCUCCUUGCGGGGCCUCAUCUCCCAGUACCUCAACCAAAAGAUCCAGACCGACAGCGGAGGACACAGCUCCAUCGAGGAUGCCUGCGCCUGCAUGCAGCUGGUGACCUGGAAGGUGCAAGAAGAUGCCAAAACCUCCAGCCGGCCUCAGAACCAAACCGCUUGCCAGAAGUGCAACUCUGCGCCGAAGCUACGAGUUUGCACUAGCCGAUACACCCAGACACCCAAGAUGAUGGAGAUACCCGAAAAGCCAGACAAGCUACACCUGAAGGAAAGAGGCUCAGACCAACCAGAGACUCCCGAGACAGAGACGUCUGUGCAUUGA